AACAUCUGUGUGUGUGUGCUCUGAGAUUUUGGGCUUACAGACCGAUAUUAUGAUAAACGGACUGCUCAUACAGUAAAUCCUGCGAUGGAGAAUUGAACAUUUUGAGGCUGCGUUCUUUGUUUUUAGGUUGAUGGGCUAUUUCAGGAUUUGAUGCUGAGAGAUGUAAGAGCUGUUGAGGUUCGCAUGCCUCCCAAACCGCGACAUUCAGGGCUGAAAUCAACAGCUCUCGCUGUCUGUUUGGAUUUCACACGGCGAUGUGCCUUUUUGAGAGGGGGUCGUAGCUGAAGCGAGAUACAUUUGAUUGGCUGGGCCUCAGGCCAUGAUGGCUCCACGUAAGCGAGGAGGGCGGGGCCUGUCCUUCCUCUGCUGCUGUUGGAAAAAGAGUGACCAUCCCGAGAUCACCUACCGCCUUCGUCAUGACAGCAACUUCACGCUGCAGACCAUGGAGCCCACCCUGCCCAUGCCUCCCAUUGAGGAGCUGGACGCCAUGUUCACUGAGCUGGUGGAUGAGCUGGACCUCACAGAGAAACAUAGAGAAGCCAUGUUUGCCCUUCCCGCAGAGAAGAAAUGGCAAAUUUACUGUAGCAAGAAAAAGGAACAAGAAGAAAAUAAGGGGGCGACCAGCUGGCCUGAAUUCUACAUCGAUCAGAUCAAUUCGAUGGCUGCUAGGAAGACCCUGCUGGCCCUUGAAAAAGAGGAUGAGGAGGAGAGAAAUAAAACGAUAGAGGGCUUAAAAACAGCUCUACGGACACAGCCAAUGAGGUUUGUCACACGCUUCAUAGACCUCGAUGGGCUGACGUGCAUCUUAAACUUCCUGAAAACGAUGGACUACGAGACCACGGAGUCUCAGAUCCACACCUCGCUGAUUGGCUGCAUCAAAGCCCUGAUGAACAACUCUCAGGGGCGCGCGCACGUACUCGCCCAUGCUGAAAGCAUCAACAUCAUCGCUCAGAGCUUAGCCACCGAGAACAUUAAGACCAAAGUGGCGGUUCUCGAGAUCAUGGGUGCAGUAUGUUUAGUGCCUGGAGGUCACAGAAAAAUCCUCGAAGCCAUGUUGCACUAUCAGAAGUUCGCCUGUGAGCGGACGCGAUUUCAGACCCUUCUGAAUGACUUGGACAGGAGCACAGGCCGCUACAAAGACGAGGUGAACCUCAAGACAGCCAUCAUGUCCUUCAUCAAUGCUGUCCUCAGUCAGGGAUCAGGGGAGACCAGUUUGGAGUUCCGAAUUCAUUUGCGGUAUGAAUUUCUGAUGCUGGGCAUCCAACCAGUGAUUGAUAAAUUACGGUCCCAUGAAAACGCCACGUUAGAUCGGCAUCUGGAUUUCUUUGAGAUGCUAAGAAAUGAAGAUGAAUUAGCUCUCGCAAAGCGGUUUGAGAAUGUUCAUAUAGACACUAAAAGUGCCACUCAGGUGUUCGAACUCAUCCGGAAAAGAAUCAACCACUCGGAUGCCUUCCCACACUUUAUGUCUGUCUUACAACACUGCCUGCACAUGCCCUAUAAACGAAACGGGAACACGGUUCAUUACUGGCUCCUCCUCGACCGGAUCGUCCAGCAGAUCGUCCUACAGAAUGAAAAAGGUCAUGACCCUGAUGUGGCACCGUUGGAGAACUUCAACGUGAAGAACGUGGUGCGAAUGUUGGUGAAUGAGAAUGAAGUGAAGCAAUGGAAAGAGCAAGCAGAAAAAAUGAGAAAAGAACAUAAUGAACUUCAGCAGAAGCUGGAGAAGAAGGAGAGGGAGUGUGAUGCGAAAUCACAAGAGAAGGAAGAAAUGAUGCAAACCCUCAAUAAGAUGAAAGAAAAACUCGAGAAGGAAUGCAGCGAACACCGGUUCGCUAAACAGCAAGCGGCUGAACUGUCCGCGAGGCUUCAUGAGAUGAGCAAUAGGACAAGUAUUCCAGGGGGCCCUCCUCUAAUUCCAUUGGCCCCUGGUGGUGCUCCGCCUCCACCUCCGAGUAUGGCUGGACUUCCUCCUCCUCCACCACCUCCAGGCGGAGUCCCGCCACCUCCUCCUCCUCCACCCGGUGGACCACCACCUCCACCAGGCAUGCCCAACUUUGGUGCUCCACCUCCUCCUGGUCUCAUGUCCAAGCUGAAGACGAAGAACAUCCCUCAGCCGUCCAAUCCGCUCAAGUCUUUCAACUGGACCAAAAUCAGUGAAAAUAAACUGGAUGGCACAGUGUGGCUUGAACUGGAUGACGUAAAUGUUUUCAAACUUUUGGACUUGGAGGAUAUUGAGAAAACAUUCUCGGCCUACCAGAGACAACAGGAUUUUCUGUUCAAUAACUUUAAACGGAAAGAAACUGAAGAUGACACGCUGACGUCUAAAAAGACCAGAGAACUUUCCGUCAUUGAUGGUCGACGUGCACAAAACUGCAACAUCCUCCUUUCGAAGUUAAAGCUUUCCAAUGAAGAGAUCAAGAGAGCUAUACUGACCAUGGAUGAACAGGAAGAUCUACCCAAGGAUAUGCUUGAGCAACUGUUGAAGUUCGUGCCAGAGAAAAGUGAUGUGGACCUUCUGGAGGAGCACAAGCACGAGCUCGAGCGGAUGGCAAAGGCCGAUCGCUUCCUUUAUGAGAUGAGCAGAAUCAACCACUACCAGCAAAGACUGCAGUCUCUUUAUUUCAAGAAGAAAUUUGUGGAAAGAGUAGCAGAAAUCAAACCCAAAGUGGAAGCUCUUAGCAAAGCAUCUAAGGAGGUUGUUCAGAGCAGGAACCUCAGACAGCUCCUGGAGGUUGUGUUGGCCUUUGGCAACUACAUGAACAAAGGACAGAGGGGCAACGCCUACGGCUUCAAAGUUUCCUCCCUUAAUAAGAUCGCUGACACCAAGUCCAGCAUUGACAAGAACAUCACUCUGCUACACUACCUGAUAACCAUUUUUGAGCAGAAGUACCCUAAAGUCGCCUUGAUUCGUGAAGAUCUGCAGAGCGUUCCAGAAGCAGCCAAAGUCAACCUGACUGAGCUGGAGAAAGAUAUUAACAACCUGCGUUCUGGCUUAAAAAGCGUAGAGACGGAGCUGGAGUAUCAGAGGGGUCAACCUCAGAUCUACGGGGAUAAGUUUGUGUCUGUUGUCAGUCAGUUCAUCACGGUGGCUGGUUUCAGUUUCUCUGAUGUGGAGGACACUCUUCAGGAGGCCAAGGAUUUGUUCGAAAAGGCCGUGAAGCACUUUGGAGAGGACGCCGCACGCAUGCAGCCUGAUGAGUUCUUCGGUAUCUUCGAUCAGUUCCUUCAAGCCUUCACCGAAGCCAAGCAAGACAAUGAAAACAUGCAACGACGCAAGGAGGAAGAGGAGCGCAGAGCACGCAUGGAGGCGCAGCUCAAGGAACAGCGUGAGAGAGAAAGAAAAGCACGGAAGGCCAAAGAGAACAAUGAGGAGGACGGAGAGUUUGAUGACCUGGUGUCUGCGCUUCGAUCCGGAGAAGUGUUCGACAAAGACCUGUCGAAGAUGAAAUACAACCGCAAACGUCCUCCAAAAUCAACCACGGAGAUUAGUCGGGAAAGACCUAUCACCAAACUCGAUUUCUGAGAUGACGGGUGUCGCCCUCUGGUGGUAGAGCUGAGACAUUACACCCGUGUCUACUCGAGUCUGAACUGUACAGUAUUCAUGGCGUUCGUCGGAGAAUGGCUCUACCUCUGAUCCUGAUAUCCAGGCCACACGCUCAGUGUACGUUUUCCAGUUGCCAAAAUAUUUCUGAGAGAUUUAUUUUUGCUUUUCCAAUAAUAAAAGUGUUAUUGUUGAGCGUGACUACGGUAGUUUGUACGAUGCGGGUGUGAUCACAGUAAGAUGAGAAGAAAGGGCUACAUGCUUUAUCAGUCAGUAAAGCAUUAUAAACCAUUGCACAGAUUACUUUUAUAUGCUAAUAGCCACAUAGACACACAAGUUUAUGUCUGUUACUCAGACGUUAUAUUUGUCCUAUAUGUUUGGUAAAUUAAAAGUGUUGGUGUACAACCUACACCAUAAAUACCCAGGCCAUGUUUUGCCACAUUUGGUCUGGAUAAACCUUUAGGCAAGCGAUGCUGGGUAUAGCAUUGGACUACAGUAUGUGAUUGGUUUGCACAGUUAUUCGCCAAGUUUAUUAUUUUGUUACACGAUUAAGUGCAGAUGAACUGCACCUAUUAAAGCACAAUGCACAGAACUUUAAAUCAAACAAAUAACAAACAUGUAUAAACCGCUAUUGAAACGAAAAUGUAUUAUAAUGCCACAGAUGUAAUAAAUGUGCCGACAGGAAGUACAAUAAAAGCCGAGGUCAAGCUUAGAUUGCAAAUAUAUUUUACAAAACGACGAAAACAACACGGUAUGUUUUUUCUUGGUUUAUUAAAAAAUAACAUUUGUUUAAAAAAGCUGUAGAUGCGUGAUGCACCUUAAACCAAACUGUCAUGCAUGUAUAUUCUUGUAAUUUCUCGUGUUUGUAUUGUUUCUCUCUUGUUCAUGAUUGUAUAUAUGUACAUACACUCAUUAACUCUUCAGACCGAGGCUUUUUCUUAGACCUUGACACUGCGAUUUUGUGCUAAUAAAUAUUUUUCCUGUUGAUCAGAUGCCAUUUAAAUCUUUUUCACUAAUAGUUCUUUGUAAUAUCGUAUUACUUUGUACGUUUUCUUUCGCCAUUGGGUUUAUUUAGUUUUCAUUAUUUAAGAAUUUAUUUGGAUGUAAGAUACAGUAUGUAAUCAAUAAACCCUGAGGGUCAUUUCA